AUGGCACCAAAAGUUCCAUCUAACGCUACUUUCAAGAACAAAGAAAAGCCUCAAGAAGUUCGUAAGGCCAACAUCAUUGCGGCAAGAGCUGUAGCAGAUGCCAUUCGUACCUCCUUAGGCCCAAAGGGUAUGGAUAAGAUGAUCAAAACAUCUCGUGGUGAAAUCAUCAUCUCCAAUGAUGGACAUACUAUUUUGAAACAAAUGGCAAUCUUACAUCCAGUCGCAAAGAUGUUAGUUGAAGUUUCUGCUGCUCAAGACUCAGAAGCUGGAGAUGGUACCACCUCCGUAGUUAUCUUGACAGGUGCUUUACUUGGCGCAGCAGAUAGACUGUUGAAUAUGGGGAUUCAUCCUACUAUUAUUGCGGAAUCAUUCCAAAGAGCCGCUAGGAGAUCCGUGGAGAUCUUGUUGGAGAUGUCUCAUAGAAUUUCCUUGAGCGAUAGAGAGGAUUUGAUUCGUGCUGCUUCUACUUCUUUGAGUUCCAAGAUUGUUUCUCAAUAUUCUUCAUUUUUAGCACCAUUAGCAGUGGAUUCAGUCUUGAGUAUUGCUGAUGAAGAAUCUAAAAAUGUUGAUUUGAAUGAUAUCCGUUUGAUCAAGAAAGUGGGUGGUACUAUUGAUGAUACAGAAAUGAUUGAUGGCGUCGUGUUGACACAAACUGCUAUUAAAUCUGCAGGUGGUCCAACUAGAAAGGAAAAGGCUAAGAUCGGGUUAAUUCAAUUCCAAAUCUCUCCACCAAAACCUGAUACUGAAAAUAAUAUUGUUGUCAGUGAUUAUAGACAAAUGGAUAAGAUCUUGAAAGAAGAAAGAGCAUACUUAUUAAAUAUCUGUAAGAAGAUCAAAAAAUCAAAAUGUAAUGUUCUUUUAAUCCAAAAAUCUAUCUUAAGAGAUGCAGUUAAUGAUCUAGCGUUACAUUUCUUAUCAAAACUAAACAUUAUGGUAGUGAAAGACAUUGAAAGAGAAGAAGUUGAAUUCCUAUCCAAGAGCCUGGGUUGUAAGCCUAUCUCCGAUAUUGAGUUAUUUACUGAAGACAGAUUGGGGUCUGCGGAUUUAGUUGAAGAAAUAGAUAGUGAUGGAUCUAAGAUUGUAAAGUUAACAGGUAUAAAAAAUAAUACUGCAAAGCCAACCGUUUCCGUUGUUAUUCGUGGUGCUAAUAGCAUGAUCCUAGAUGAAACAGAACGUUCAUUGCAUGAUGCGUUAUGUGUUAUCCGUUGUUUAGUCAAAGAAAGAGGUUUAAUUGCAGGUGGUGGUGCUCCAGAAAUUGAAGUAUCACGUAGAUUAAUAAGGGAAUCUCGUUCCAUUGAAGGUGUGGAAGCAUUCGUUUGGAAAGAAUUCGCAGAUGCGUUAGAAGUUAUACCAACAACACUGGCAGAGAAUGCUGGUUUAAAUAGUAUAAAGGUUGUAACAGAAUUACGUUCAAAACAUGAAAGCGGUGGUGUAAAUGAUGGUAUUUCUGUGAGAAGAUCUGGGACCACAAACACGUACGAUGAACAUAUUUUACAACCAGUUCUAGUCAGUACAAGCGCUAUUACUUUGGCCUCAGAAUGUGUUAAAUCUAUUCUACGUAUUGAUGACAUCACUUUCAGCCGUUAA